GAAUCAAACCAACGUGUUAUGACUGAUGCUUCACUAAACCGUCAUUAAACACCUAAACCCUUCAACCACCCUUCCACCGUUUCUUGUUCUACAACUACUGCACCAAAAUAUAUAUAAAACCCGUGUGUGAAGCAUUGUGAUUUUCACUUCACUUUCACAUAGAGCCUUUUGGGUUUUGUGUGUUUCAUUCAAAGUUUUAAACUUGCUAGUGUUUUUAUUCAUUGUGACAAACAAUGGCAACCAAGAGGAGUGUUGGAGAGUUGAAAGAGAGUGAUCUGAAAGGGAAGAGAGUGUUUGUGAGAGUAGACCUGAAUGUGCCUUUGGAUGAUAAUCUCAACAUAACUGAUGAUACAAGGGUCAGGGCUGCAAUCCCCACUAUCAAGUACUUGAUGGGUCAUGGUGCCAAAGUCAUUCUCUCUACUCACCUGGGACGCCCAAAGGGUGUCACACCUAAGUACAGUUUGAAGCCUCUUGUUCCCAGGCUAUCUGAGCUCCUUGAAGUCAAGGUUGAGAUUGCUAAUGAUUGUAUUGGUGAGGAAGUUGAGAAACUGGUGGCAGCAAUCCCAGAAGGCGGUGUUUUGCUCCUUGAAAAUGUGAGGUUCCACAAGGAAGAAGAGAAGAAUGACCCCGAGUUUGCAAAGAAGCUAGCUUCUCUUGCAGACCUCUAUGUCAACGACGCCUUUGGCACAGCUCACAGAGCCCAUGCUUCUACUGAGGGUGUUACCAAGUUUCUGAAGCCUUCUGUUGCUGGUUUUCUUUUGCAGAAGGAACUUGACUACUUAGUUGGAGUCAUCUCAAAUCCAAAGACACCGUUUGCUGCCAUCGUAGGUGGCGCAAAGGUGUCAUCUAAAAUUGGGGUGAUUGAGUCUCUGUUGGAAAAGGUUGAUAUUCUAUUGCUGGGUGGAGGAAUGAUCUUCACAUUCUACAAGGCCCAAGGGCACUCAGUUGGAUCAUCCCUUGUAGAGGAAGACAAGCUUGAUCUUGCAACAUCCCUUCUUGAAAAGGCCAAGUCCAAAGGGGUUGCUCUGUUGCUACCUACAGAUGUGGUAAUUGCUGACAAUUUUGCCGCAGAUGCUAAUAGCAAGGUUGUGCCAGCAUCAGGUAUCCCAGAUGGCUGGAUGGGCUUAGAUAUCGGACCUGAUUCCAUCAAGACAUUUAAUGAAUCACUGGAUACUACUAAAACUGUCAUUUGGAAUGGACCUAUGGGUGUGUUUGAGUUUGAGAAGUUUGCUGUAGGAACAGAGUUUCUCAUCGCAGGCAAUAGCAAAGAAGUUGGCAGACCUCAGUGGAAAGGGUGUGAUAACGAUUAUAGGUGGUGGUGACUCUGUUGCAGCUGUGGAGAAAGUGGGGCUUGCAGACAAGAUGAGCCAUAUCUCAACAGGAGGUGGUGCUAGCUUAGAGCUGCUUGAGGGCCGGUCUCUUCCUGGAGUUCUUGCUCUAGAUGAUGCCACCAGUGCUGCACUUUGAGGCCAUUUUUGUCCAUUUUUUCUUAUUGCUUCUAUCUACAAUGUAACUUGCACUUAUUUCUAUGAUGUUUUCUGGAUCAUUUAUCAUCUCUAAGCUACUACGGUAUCAGGACUACAUAUGAGGUUUAUAAAUAAUCAAAUUUUGUUUUAAA